AUGGCGCUAGAGGCCAACAAUGAAGCCAUUCAAUGCAAGGUCUUUUCAACGACUUUCUCUUGGCCAGCUUUGUUGUGGUUCCGACAGUUAAAGCCCAGAUCCGUCAACAGUUUUAGUGACCUCCGACAAACUUUUCUACAACAAUAUAGCGUGGACCGUGAGGCACCAAGAACAAUGGCUGACCUCUAUCGGAUCGAGCAAGGGGAAAAUGAACAUCCGAAGGCGUAUUUACAACGUUUCAUUGACCUUGUGCAUGAAAUCCACGACGUUGACCCGAUUACUGCAGCCAAUCUCUUCGUCAAAAGCUUGCAGGUGGGAUCUCUCAUACAUGAAAAUCUCACCAUGACACCACCUUAUGACAUGGCCGAGGUUCAGACCCAAGCCGGGGGCAUUUUCAUGGUCUUAGAAUUUCGAGAGCGUGCACAGAAGAAAUCUGCACUUAUCUCCGCUCCACCAGCAAAUAUCCCUCCGCCACUUGCUUGUGAUGACAAGAGGAAGUGGAAUCAGACAGACCACACAAAGGAAGGGAAGAGGCCAAGACAGAACCGACAAUCACCGCAAUACCCUUCCUUCGAAUACACCGUCCCGCAAGAAGUCAUUUACGAAGAAAAUAAAGAAAGACCUAUCUGGCGCGAGCCGUAUAAGAUCACCACUCCUCCAGACAGAAGGGAUAAAAACAUAUACUGCCUCUUCCAUAAAGAUCACGGUCAUACGAUCGCUAAAUGCCAUAACCUGAACAAUAAGAUCCAAGCCCUCAUGAGAAGUGGGAGGCUUACCCAAUACAUUAAGGAGGCAGGCAGACCCGGCACCUCACGGUAUAAUCCUGCUUCUGCCCCAGUACUGCAAGUGUAA